AUGGACCGCAUCUUCUUCUCCGGGGAGCGGGAGCGGAAGCGCAAGAGGGGCGGCAGAGCCGACCUUGGCAGCGCCGGGGCUCCCUCGUAUGAGGGCCCGGAUCUGAUCAGCCGCCUCCCGGACCAAGUCAUCGGCGACAUCGUCACUCUCCUAGACUCCGGCGAGGGCGCUCGUACUGCCGUCCUCUCCCGCCGUUGGCGCCACAUCUGGCGCUACGCCGCCCCCCUCAACCUCGACGUCGACGAUAAAAGCUUCUUCAGGUCCCUCUUUUUCGGAGACGAACGCAAUCCGGUCAUCUCUCAGAUCAUCGCUGUUCACCCGGGCCCCGCCCGACGCCUCGCACUCAGAUCCGUCUACCUCCACCCCCACGUCGGCCAUUUCGACGCCUGGUUGCGCGUGCCGAUAUUUGAUUCCAUCCAGGAACUUACCCUUCACUUCCCCUUCUCCCACAACCACCCUGAGUUGCCCGCUUCCGCGCUCCGCUUCGCCUUGCUACGCGUGCUCGACAUCACCAAAUGUACCUUUCCGGCCGCUGGCAUCUGCAGCUCGCCCGUCUUCCCCUGCCUGACCCAUCUCCAUCUCCGCCACGUUGUCAUCACCAAGGAACAACUGCACGAAACCAUCUCUAAUAGCCCCGGGAUUGAGGCUAUCAGUCUAGAUACCAAUUUCGGCUACCGGCGGCUAUGCAUCUCCCUGCCGAGGCUCAGAUACCUGGCCAUCUCAGACAGGUCCUUUGGAGAGAGGGAGGAACUGAGCGAAGUCAUCGUCGAGGAUGCUGCAAGCCUGGAGCGGCUGCUGCUGCACGAGGUGGACAGGGACAAUGGUCCAUCCGUGAGGAUCACCGGUGCAGAAAAGCUCAAGAUUUUGGGCUACCUUGGAGUUGGCUUUCCCAUUGUUGAGCUUGGCAGCACAAGUUUUAAGCUACAGCUUAAUUUCUGA